ACGAAGCUCCAAUGCCUCUCCCUGAGACCAGGCUCCUGAGAUUCUGCUCUGUCUGGCUACCCUAGGGCGUGGCUGCAGUCCACGGGCUCAGAAGCACCAUGAGCAUGAGCCUGUGCUUGUGUUUUCUAGCUGCUGUUGGGUUUCUGACCAUGUCCAGUGUCAUCACUAUGUCUGCCCCUUUCUUCCUUGGAAAGAUCAUCGAUGUCAUCUACACCAACCCCACUGUGGACUACAGCAGCCACCUGACCCGCCUCUGCUUCGGGCUCAGCGGCGUGUUUCUGUGUGGGGCCGUGGCCAAUGCCGUUCGCGUCUACCUCAUGCAGACUUCAGGUCAACGCAUUGUAAAUAGGCUGAGAACUUCACUGUUCUCCUCCCUUCUGAGGCAGGAGGUGGCUUUCUUUGACAAGACCCGCACAGGAGAGUUGAUCAAUCGCCUCUCCUCAGACACUGCACUCCUGGGGCGCUCAGUGACUGAAAACCUCUCGGACGGGCUCAGGGCCGGGGCCCAGGCCUCUGUAGGCAUCAGUAUGAUGUUUUUUGUCUCACCUAAUCUGGCCACCUUUGUUUUGAGUGUGGUGCCUCCAAUGUCCAUCAUUGCUGUGAUUUAUGGACGAUAUCUACGGAAACUGACCAAAGUCACACAGGAUUCCCUGGCACAAGCCACUCAGCUGGCUGAGGAGCGUAUCGGAAACAUGAGAACCGUUCGAGCUUUUGGAAAGGAGAUGAUUGAAAUCCAGAAGUACUCCGGCAAGGUGGACUCGGUGAUGCAGCUGGCUCAGAGGGAGGCGCUCGCUCGGGCUGGCUUUUUCGGAGCAACCGGACUCUCUGGGAACCUGAUUGUGCUGGCUGUCCUGUACAAAGGAGGGCUGUUGAUGGGCAGUGCCCACAUGACCAUGGGUGAACUUUCUUCCUUCCUCAUGUAUGCCUUCUGGGUUGGAGUAAGCAUUGGAGGCCUGAGCUCUUUCUACUCUGAGCUGAUGAAAGGACUGGGCGCCGGGGGGCGCCUCUGGGAGCUUCUGGAGAGAGAGCCCAAGCUGCCCUUUAGUGAGGGGGUCAUCUUAAAUGAGAAAAGCUUCCAGGGUGCUUUGGAGUUUAAGAACGUGCACUUUGCCUAUCCGGCUCGCCCGGAGAUGCCCAUAUUCCAGGAUUUCAGCCUUUCCAUCCCAUCGGGAUCUGUCACCGCACUGGUUGGCCCAAGUGGUUCUGGCAAGUCGACAGUGGUUUCGCUCCUCCUGAGGUUGUAUGACCCCCUUUCUGGAAUUAUCAGUCUUGAUGGCCAUGACCUCCGUCAGCUCAGUCCCGUCUGGCUGAGAUCCAAGAUCGGGACAGUAAGUCAGGAGCCUAUUUUGUUUUCCUCCUCUAUUGCCGAGAACAUUGCUUAUGGUGCGGACGACCCAUCCUCCGUGACAGCCGAGCAGGUGGCGAGAGUGGCUGACGUGGCCAAUGCACUGGCUUUCAUCCAGAACUUCCCUCAGGGCUUCAACACUGUGGUUGGAGAGAAGGGAGUGCUCCUCUCAGGUGGGCAGAAACAGCGGAUUGCAAUUGCCCGUGCUCUGCUUAAGAAUCCCAAAAUUCUUCUCCUAGAUGAAGCAACCAGUGCCCUGGAUGCCGAAAACGAGCGCCUCGUGCAAGAAGCUCUGGACCGACUGAUGGAAGGAAGAACAGUCCUGGUCAUUGCCCAUCGCCUGUCCACCGUCAGGGACGCUGACACCAUUGCUGUCCUUGACCAGGGGAGAGUGGCGGAGUACGGGAAACACGAGGAACUGCUGUGCAGGCCGGACGGGCUAUAUAGAAAGCUAAUGACCAAGCAGAGUCUUAUGUUGGCGUAAAGAAGUGAUUACUGGUAAAUUGACUGAGAGAGACCUUAAAGCAUUUUGGGGGGGGAAAAGCUUAAGAGUGUGUGAAAUCUGUAAAUCUUACAUUUAUAUGAAAUAUGCCUAUUUUUUUCCGAAGUGUGUAAAAUACUGUUUUGAAAUGUACUUGUUCUUCAGAGCUUUAUAUUCAGAGUUUUAAUAAUUAUAACUUUAUGUCUAGCGCCGAAGUUAUUUUCAGGUCUUAUACUUUUAUCUUGGAAUAUUUUAAUUAAUACAUGUCACCUUGUUUUCAUUUGCCUGCUGUUGAAGAUUGAGGCUAUUGUCAAAUGACAACUUUUAAAAGGGAAUUAUAAAUUAAAAGCCUCAUUAUUUUAGGCCA